UUCAGUAUUGUAUUAUAGGCUGCAGUGUAAGCACGCGCUCGCGUACAAUUGAUCGAAAUGUUUUAAAAAGUUGAACAUUUGAUGGAAAUUCAAUUUUUGUUUUAAUUGUGUAACAUAGCGUAUCAGCUGAAUGUAAUGUUCGAUUGAAUGACUAAUUAAUCAAAGUGAUUGCAAUGAUAAAAACGAAAAAAAUUACGAAAAUAUCCAUCGGUGACAAGAAACAAUUGUAAAUUUCUAUUCUCUGUGUAAAAAUGACAGUGUAUUCGUUUGUGUUCGUUUCGAACAUCAAUUCGUUGUUUGUGUAUUGAAUUCAAUUUUUCCGUUUUUUCUUUAAAAAAAAAAAACAACAACCAACCAUCAACAUAAUAUACGAUGAAACGGAGCUCAUAAUCAAACAAGAAUUAUAAUAUUUUUAAUGCCCACAACUAAAGAUUUUACAAUAGAAAUUAAAUGUGAACUGUAUGUGUUGAUUAUCGACGUCAUAUGAGUUUUAAAAAAGAAAAACAACAAAUUCGUCUCUGUUAUAUACAAAUUCUACAUUGUUUAUUCGAAACAUUCUUUUUAUUUUUGUGAAUUAAGUGUAACAACACAGUGAGAUCCACACACAUUCAAAACAUAGUCACACAUUUGCAGCAAAACAAUUUUGUGAUUGAACUUUUAUGCUUUGCACCUUUUUCUGUAGUUUUUCUACGGUUUCGAACAGCAAAACGAAACGAAGAACACAAACAACAACAUUAGAAUAAGUGGUGAUUCAACAACAAAUAUAGUCUGACCUCAUCACUGUGAUGUACGAUGCCAUAAAUACGCGUUUAAAUUUAAUGUUACAAUUGACCAGAAAUUUCAUGUUUGCUCCAAAAACGUACUCUUCCGCUAUAAUCAUUUACACCACGAAAAUAUUGUGGAGCGCAUUGGCGUCCCACAAGUAGGGAUCGACUGCAUGGAUGCUGGAGGUCUGCCAGUGUUUUCCAGCGCCAAUCAGGCGCAUCAGAUAAACAACAAUUUACACCUACAACAGCAACAACAACAGAGACAUCUCCAACAGCAGCAACAACAACAGCAACAGCCUCAACAACAUCAGCUUGACCAUCUGCAACAGAAUAUCGGUGGUCAAGAGCACUCACCAUACCAUACCGGCGAAUCCGUUCCACCGAAACGGGUUGAUCGUUUUCGCCGUCGCAUCGAAAACUAUCGACGUCGUCAGACCGAUUGCGAACCGCGAUUCGAACAAACGUUUAGCGGCGUUUGCGAGCAACAGAAUCUAGAGACGACCGUUUUGCAGAAACGGUUCCUCGAAAGUAAAGCGAAACGAGCCGCAAAGAAGACGGAGAAAAAACCCGACACAACGCUGGCGGGGAAUUUACAGAGCAGUGUUCUGGUGCAACAAAAAUUCUUAAAAAGACCAUCCGACGACGUUGAAAACGGUCCAGACGGAUAUGAACCUCCACAUAAACUGCAACACAACGGCGAACUUACGAAAUUUUCUGUUGAAAUCGUGCAACAACUCGAAUUUACAACGUCUGCCGCAAAUUCACAACCACAACAAAUCAGUACGAACGUGACAGUAAAGGCGCUCACAAAUACUUCGGUGAAGAGUGAGGGAGGCCAAAAUCAGAACAAUGGAAGUGCGACAGGAAAUCAAAAUAUCAGCAAUAGCAAUAACCCCAACAACAACAAUCAAAGAUCACCGCAAUCAAAUCUAUCACACGACAUCGGCAAUCUGGUCGAGUGCAAACAGGAACCCGAUCACGAUUUCGCCGAUUUGGAGGCUGCGUUCGAAAAAGAUGCGGCUGCCAAUGGAUUGUUUAAGGGUCUGUCGGACAUUAUCGGAGACGCAACGAAUGACGAAAGUGACACGUUCAAGGAGCUUAUCUCGGAUUUAUCGGACUUCCAUCCGGAGUUGCUCGAUUUCGAGGAGAAGCCAUUGAUGGAAAUUAAAACGGAAGACGGAAUCAAACAGGAAAUGGUUUCGCAGGGUGUGAAUGAUGGAUUAGGACCGAAGGGUAACAAUAAUUCGAUGCCACAAUAUCAGUCCCAGUUCAAUGAAAGUCAAAUGAAGAGAGAACGAGGACCAUACAACACUUCCAACGGAUCAAACGCACCAAUGUCUGAAAUGUCACCAGCCGCACAAACUCUUAAACAUAUGGCUGAACAGCAUCAGCAUAAAAAUGCCAUGGGUAUGGGAUAUCAUCCCAGACCACCACAACCACAACAAGUGAAUCCGAAUCGUGCUGCUUACGAAUUCUCGCAAUUCAAUGGGCCAGUUGAAUACAUGAACUGUGCGACAAACAAUCCCGUUUCACAAUUUCACAAAGGUUCCGGUCCCGGAUUCGACAUAAAACAAGAAAUGAUGUACUCGCAACAAAUGCCAAAUCAAGCAAAAAUGGGUACACCAGGCCCGUACAGUAAACAACAAUAUUCGCCAUAUGGAUCGCCCGGUUCAAUUUCGAAUCAUGGUAGUCCAGGAGCAAAUUACAUGCCACCGCGUGGUCCCGGACCGGGACAAAGUCGACCGACAUCGGGACCGAAUGCCGGAAGUCAAGGUGCUACUACACUUCAAAUGAAACAAACUCAACAGCUUCAUAUUAGUCAGCAAGGUCCUGGUGGCGGUCAUGGAAUACAGGUUUCCGCUGGACAACACGUUCAUCUCAGUGGUGAUAUAAAAAGCAAUGUUUCGGUGGCAGCACAACAAGGUCUCUAUUUCAAUCAGCAACAGCAGCAGCAACAUCAUCAACAACAUCAGCAGCAGCAGCAGCAGCAACAACAACAACCUGGUGCUAAUGCAAAUAAUUCACAGCCUAAUGGACCGCCACACUCUCAAACUUCUUCUAAUGAAUCCUACACAGUAUCUCAGUCACAAACAAUUAACUUCACACAACAAAAUGUGCGGCAGCGUCAACAACAACAACAACAGCAGCAGCAGCAACAGCAACAACAACAGCAACAGCAACCAAAUACGUCAUCCGCUCCCGGAAGCGACGUCAAUUCACCAAAUGUUCCUUCAAAUAUGUCAGGACCAAAUAUGUCUGGACCAUCCGGUAACAAUGGACCGAACAUCAGCCAGCCGAGCAAUAUACCACAUCCGGCUUCAAUGGCCAGCAUGUCACAAAACCAGCACAUAUCGGCGUCGGGAAUGGGUCCAUCAAAUGUGGGCAUACCGAAUCCGAAUGCCGGUAGUAAUAUCGGACCACAAAGACUUGCACAAAAUGCAAACACUGCCAGUAGUAAUCUAAUUCAAUCACAAAAUAUGGGACUGUCGAUGAAUAUUGCUCAGAAUGUCGGACCACAUAUGGGUCCACAGGGUCCGAAUAUGAUGGGCAUCAAUGGCCAAAGUAUUCCAAAUAACGGAUCUGCAAUUCCGAACAUGGGACAGGGAGGAAUGAAUUCAAUGGUUCCUAAUACAAUGAAUUCAUCCGCAAUGGGAGCAAUGAUGCCAAACAAUAUGGGAUCCGGUGGUGCCGUGAAUAUACGCCACGAACAACAGGUGAAAUUCUUGCACCAACAGCAAAUGAUGCGCGCCCAAGCCAUUCAACAGCAGCAACAACAACAACAACAGCAGCAGCAGCAACAACAACAACAUAUGGUUGGUAAUCGACCACCACCGCCUGAGUAUAAAGCCAGUCAAGCACAAAUGAUGCAAGCACAAAUGAUGCAACAGGGCGCACGUUUUCCAAAUGCUUCAGCAGCUGGUAUGAGACGAAUCGGCCAACAACCCAUUCCUCCGACAAGUCAAAUGAUGCGACCACAACACUCAAUGUACAUGCAACAUCCCGGUCAUGGUGGUGGGCAAAGAAUGAGUGGUCCGUUCGGUCCUGGUAUGGGUGUUCAACGUCCACCGAACGUUCAAGUCGGUCCAGAAGGUCCAAUGCCGAUGGGCGCGCAACAGGAAUGGCGGCAUCUACUCAUGUCUCAACAACAAAAUAUGAGUUUUAGCGGCAGUGGAAUGCGACCGAAUUUCAAUCCUAACCAUCAACCUGGUUUCGGUAUGUCGAACGCAGGUGGACCGGGAAUGCAAAUGACUCCGGCGCAAAUGCAGCAGCAAAUGAUGCGUGUCCAAGCGAAUCAACAGCAGCAGCAGCAACAUCAACAACAACAAUCAAAUAUUCAAAAUCAACCGAACAAUCAAAAUGCAAUGCAAAUGUUGGCGCAACAACAGCAAGGAAUGAUGAGUCAAAUGCAAAUGCAAAACAGUAUGCAUUUGUCUCAAACGCAAACAAUGACCAUGCAACAACAACAACAACAACAACAAUCUGUGAUGAGCUCCUUCAGCCAAACCCAAACCCAACAACAUACGACCUCGCAAGCGAUGAUGGCAAGUCAACAGAACGAGACCAGUUCGAUGUUAACAUCGUCAUCGUCGUCUGUGACAAACAAUGCCGAUUUUAAUGAAUUUUUCGAAAAUCUACCGACGACUAAGAUGCUUUUAGCAUAUCGCCACCGACGUGCACUGAAUGCGUUACGACAACCAAUUGGCAAUUCGUCUAAUUCUGUUUAGACACAUGGUCCUGCCUUUCAAGACGCACACUAAUCCAUCGACAUUUUGAACGAUCAUCCGAUGUGUUUGUUCAUGGAAAAUUGAUGUUACCAAAAAAUGCAGUUACCAUCGGACUCAGUUCCAUGAGUUCAAUGAUGAAAAUAAAAGAAAAAUAUUUCCCAGAACACUCAAGAACAUUCUGAAUCGCUUUUGCCAGUUGUGCUCUUUCGGGUCAUAGAGAAUCUCGCCUCACAGCCAAACAAUCCAAUAGAAUAAGAAAUUCGGAUUCAGAUUGCCGCAGGAACGGUGUCAGUGGAAUGUGUUUUAAGACUGAAAAUAUCAUCACAUUCGACGUUUUCGAUAGUUCCACACCGGUCGAUAAUUAAAUUUCCUUGCAAUCAUGUCAGAUCGCUGCUUCGUUUCAAUUCCGCAUUGUCUUGGUGAAGGACUAGAUUUUUUAUGUCGAUUCACUUUUAGUCGAUUUAACUGUAAAAGCGACUCCUCAGUAUUACAAAAAGUAACGGUCGAGAACGAAAUUUAAAAUUUCGAAAUGGAGUUCAACAGAUCAGUUACGAUGUUUGACGAACACUGUUCGUAUACAAACGGCUCAAAAUUUCGAGAAGAAAUUGCAGAAUCAUUGACUUGCCGCAUGUCGUAACGAUUAUCAGUCUCAAACUGUGGUAAGAAAAUAGAAUUUAAAAAAAUUGAAAAUCCAACCGAAACCCAACGUUAGAUGAACCACGUCAUAGAACCAUUUUGUGUGUAAUAUUUUGAGCUAAACUUUAUUCGAGACAUAAAUAACUUUAACGUUGAUAAGUUGAUACACAAACCGUAAAUUAACUUUCUACCUUAAAGGAUAUUCUGUUGUGUAAAUUUGAUAAAAGAAGAACCCGAACACCAGCACUAAACUAAGAGAAUAAUGAUUUUCACAUUAGGCUACACGAGACAAAUAAGCCAGACAAAGUCCGAAGUCGAUUCCAGUCACCAAAAAUGCAAAGUCCAACAAAAAUUUAUGUCGUUCCAUUAGUUGCCAUCCCAGUCACUUCGCAUUGCCAUAAGACAACUAUAUUUUGAAGUCGUUAAGUGUGAUAAUAAUACAAACGUUCCAAAAGAAUGCAACAUGUAAAGCCACUGUAUACAAUGAUGGAGGAUUCGUAUCUCUCUAAAUUGACACCGGCACCCUAAGCUAUUAGUAUACUUGAGGGUCUUAAAGUAAGUGACGGAGCUUCUUAAUUUUAUAUAAAAUGUUGUGAAAACACUCCUCUCCAGCCUAGUUUUUCGUGUGUAGUGGUCGUUCACGAAACUGUUACUCAUCUUAAGCCUUAAAGACUAAUUCAAAAUCCACAGUCUGAAGAGAUUUGAUGCUAACGAGCAGAACAGCUUUUUUGAAAUAUUUUUUAACGAACUAUUUGACCUCAAAACUAAAGCUCGCAACAGGUUCAGAUUCAAAGUCAAUACUCCAGAUGCUUGUGUCAAUUCGCUCGCUAUGCGUCGUUCGAGAUUUUCAUUCAGCCCGUUCGAUUGGAAGCG